GAGAUACGGAAAUCCGCGGGGAGAUACGAUCCAGAUUUCCGAUUGACCGACGCAUUGGAGGUGGCGAGUUAGGAGGGUCUUAGCACUUCCCUCUCUCUUUGGGAGAGCAUAAAGGCCACAAGCCGGGGAAUGAGCGUAAUUGCAGAGCGGGGAUAUUGUGAAACAGGAAUUGUUGAUGUUGUGGCUCACAAGUAGGCUAUACGGUUACUGAAGAGGUUGGUGCGAGAUAUUGGUCUGUCGAGGGGGCCAAGGGACAGAAAGCCAGGGUGUAGUACGAUGCCCGAUAAUCCCACCAGGGCUGAUCUGGACCGCUCUUUUCUUCCAGAGGACAGGAAGUGGGAGGAGGAAGGCACGAGUGUCGCUUUGUAUCGUGACGGCGCCCAUCAUGUGUGCUUUGGGUUGCGGCGCAAGGAGACAGAUGUUGUUGGGUAUCGGCCAACAAGGGUGGAUGAUGUAGACAGAAGCGUAGGUAGCGGUGACCGAGAUGGAUCUGUUCAAGUCGACUUCCGGUAUGUUUGCCUAGGGUAUGCCAUGUAUGGGGAUGGAAGAGGAACUGGUGUUGCCGUCGGAGGGGAGAGUGAGAGGAAGGGGGGGGAGGAGGGUGCAGGUGUUGCUGGAGGAUAUGGCGAGGCGAAGGCGGGUGCUGCAGCUUAUCUUCCCCUCUGCUCUGGUAGCGAGAUUCUGCUCGAGAAGAGAGCAGAGCUCCACCCUCAGAAUCAUCAGCACCUGCAGAAGAAGCGGGGUGAAGACCAGAAGGAAAGGGGUCUGAUUAAGCCGACACCUGAGUCCUCUUCGACAGCUGGUAAGGUUGAUGAUGAAGACGGUUUCAUCGUGAAGGAGAGCAAGAGUCCUUCUCGCCCCCUGUUGCCAAUCAUCCGGCCGGGUGUGGGUGUUGGCACAAUCCCUGUGGACGAGUUUGCGGGGAGGUUCUUGCGGUCUGCGAGUCUCAUUGCGGCACGCGUUGUGACGAAUAUGUCAAAGGUGGCUGGAGCAGUGAAAGCAGGCGUUGACGAGAUUUUCUACCCUGAUCAUGGGCGGUCCAAAUGAGAGGGGUAGUCUGUUUUUUUUUGGUCCAAAUGAGAGGGGUAGUAUGUUUUUUUUGGUCCAAAUGAGAGGGGUAGUCUGUUUUGUUUUUUGAAAAGGUGUGGGGAGGUCGUCGUUCUUAGCAAGUAGCGAUUGGUUGACGUUUACUGCCAGUCUUGCCGGAGUUGGAGUUGGAGGUGGAGGUGGAGUUGGAGUUGGAGGUGGAGUUGGAGUUGGAGUGGAGUUGGAGUUGGAGUUAGAGUUGGUUUUCAUUUCCUGUAGUUGUAUGAACUUCUAUCCAAUCGACGUUCAAGUCUAGGAGUGGGGAGGGGAGGGGAGUGAGAGUGUGUGAGUGGGGAGGGGAGUGAGAGUGUGUGUAGAUGGAAUGAAUGGGCUAUAUGCAG